AUGACUCAAAAUAAUACAUCAAUCUUAUCAGAUGUGAGCACGUGUCUCAACGAAGCUAUGGACUCCAUGUUCAACAAUAGUCCCAAUAUCUUAACAUCUGAUCAGACAACUUUUCACUUCGAUUUAUCCAGUGAUAGUAAAUUUCUGUCGCCUGAAACACUGAAAUUAUUGAUGAAUAAGCGAAAGCUAGCCUCGGAUGCAGUUGCUACUGAUGGAGGAGCAGAAGAAGACAAUGGUAAUGUCAAACGUUUAUGUUCAAUGAAUGAUCAUCAUCAACAAGAACAAAGAACGUGA